AUGCCCACCAACGCCGCCAAGAAGGCUCUUGCCAAGGCGAAGAGGGGCAUCGUCGCCACGGGCGCCUGCAGCACAAAGGCUGAUCCCAACUUCGCGGCGCUGAAGGACAACAAGGAGCUCCCGUGCCCGCACUGCGACCGGAUAUUCAAGCAACAGGACCGCCUAAAGCAGCAUAUACAGAAGCAGCAUGGUGAUGUCGUGGCGGAGCAGGCUGUUGCCGCGGGGCCCGGGGACGGCGCCGGCGGGGACGGCGGCGGUGGCAAGAAGAUCUCCGCCAAGGCUGCGCUCAUCCAGCAGCAGGCGGCCAAGGCCAAGGAGGACAAGGCUCGGGAGGCCUUAGAGAAGGGCGAGAAGGCACCCGUGCAGCGCAUGAGCUGUAAGCUCCCGUCCACGAUCCUCCGCGAGUUCGUCCAGAAGAAGACCGACCUCAAGGCGCCGCUCUUCAAGUCCCACGAAGUCGACGGGGGCUGGACGUGCAAGCUGGUGCUGCGGGACAAGCAGGGCAAGACGGAGAAGGACAGGGUGUUCUGGUGGAGGGAGAAGUGCGCCACGAAGCAGGAGGCCGAACACAGGGUCAGCGUCGUGGCGCUCGCGGCGGUGGCGCAGAACCUACCCCUGCAGCGCCUGUUGCCCGGCGAGUACAGGAGCACCUUCGCCGACGCGGAGGAGGCGGAGAAGGAGAGGGCGGAACACCGAAGGGCUCGAGCGGCGAGGGAGGAAGCGAGGAUCGCCCGCGCCAAGGCUGCGAACAAGGCGGAGCCGCCGGCGGUGCUCACGAUGAGCGAGGAGAAACGCGGGUUGGUGGAGUCCAUCCUGCGGGAGACGUGGGUAUCGGACGACGACGACGACGACGACGACGUCGACCUCGGCGAGGCCGACACCGACGACGACGACGACGUCAACGCCCUCUGCGACAGACUCACCGGAUUGGGCUUCCACAGGGAGGACGCGAUGGCGGCGUCGAAGGCGACGAAAUCGACGGACCCAACGAACCUGGACCCGGCGAUAUCGUGGCUCUGCGUGCACGUGCCCGAAACCCGUCUACCCGCGGCGUACGCGCCGCAGUCGGUCAACGACGGAGGCGUGGUUCUGCUCAGCAAAAAGCCGAGGAGCGCCGGGGAUGUCGCGGCGGCGUCCUCAUCGGGUACGUCCGCAUUCGACGACGAUUCGCGCCCCGAGGACGGCGACGCGGCUUGGCUGUGGGAUCGCGGGUACCCGCGGGCGGCGUGCGAGGCGGCGGCGAGUGAUCACGGAGGGAACAGGGAGGUCGCCCUCGCCGCGCUGUUCCGGACGCUCGUCCUCGCGGGGGAAUCCACCGAAAUUUCGGGAUGCGCCGCGGGUGGGGGUGGAAGCGACGCCGACGACGAGGACUGGCGCGAGGAACUCACCGCGAUCGAGGCGAUCGUCGGAGAGGACAGGGUCAGGACGCUGUGCGACGGGCGCGGCGUCGCGGUGGACGUCCAGACGAACGAGGGGUCCAUAGCGACGCUGGAGGUGUACAGGUUGGACGGAUGCGGGUACCCGUCUUCGGAGCCUCCAACAGUCGCGUUUCACGCGGUGGGCGCUUUUAGGGAUCGGUUCCGCCUCGCGACGUCGAAACUGGCGCGCAUCGCCGUGGAGAACGUCGGUGCACCGUGCGUGUACACCCUGUUAGAGGCUGCGGGUGCGAUGAUCGAGGAGGAUGGUGGCCCGGUUUCGACGGCCCGGGCGGCGGAGAAAACCGUCCCGGCGGCGGCGAAAACCGUCCCGGCGCCGAGAAAUCGAUCUUUGUCGGCGAAACCGGAGCGCGAGGCGGCCCGCGGGUCCUCCUCCGGCGUUAAGGCGUCGCGUCGCGAACGGCCCGCCAUGUCACCCGCCGAGCUAGCGUUGGAGAACAAGCGCCUGUCCGACGCUUUGACCGCGUACACGGCCGCGUACAAGACUGGCAAAGGGGACGGAUUCGCGAUGAUGACGGCGAGGUUGAACCUUCCCGCGAGUAACUCCAGGGAGGAGGUGACGCGCGCGGUGACCGGGGCCUCGGUGGUGGUACUCAGCGGCGAGACGGGCUGCGGCAAAUCCACGCAGGUUCCGCAGUUCAUCCUGGAGCACGAGAUCGCGUCGGGCCGGGGCGGGGUGACGAACAUAGUGGUGACGCAGCCGAGAAGAAUCUCCGCAAUCGGCCUCGCGGAGCGCGUCGCCGCCGAGCGCUGCGAACGUUGCGGCGACGUGGUGGGCUACUCCGUCCGGCUCGAGUCCAAGCAGUGUCACCGGACGCGGUUGCUGUUCUGCACCACCGGCGUGCUCCUGAGGCGGCUGCUCUCGGACCCGACUCUUUCGAACGCGACCCACGUGGUGCUCGACGAGGUCCACGAGCGAUCCGUCGACUCGGACCUUCUCCUCCUCCUCCUCCGUAAGGUGCUCGCCGUGCGACCCGCGCUGAAGGUGGUGCUCAUGUCCGCAACCGCCGACGCGGACCUCUUCGACGCGUAUUUCAGGUCCCCCGGGCCCAACGCGCACGUCCCCGGGGUUUCCACGACGCAGGUUCACAUCCCGGGGUUUACGCACCCGGUUCGCGAGUACUUUUUGGAGGAUGUCUUCGAGAUGACCGGACACGCCGUCGGACGCGGCGGGCCAUACGCCAAGCGCAAGGAGGACCAGGCCAAGCGGGUGAAACAGGUGGACGCCGCCGCGGAGGCGAUGCUCGCGGAGAAGGCCAAGCAGCGGCGGCGCGAGCGGAUGGCGCUCGGACUCGAGGAUGCCGAGGAGGACGAAGACGAGGAGGACGACGAUGAAGGCGACGACGUCCCAGAGGAUUGGGACCUCGCCGAUGAGAACAGCACCUACGAGGUGCGACAGCCCGCGGCGUCGAGGCAGGAACUGACCUUAGGCCCUGCGGCGACGCUCGGGCCCUCCGAGGAGGACCGUGUUAGGAACGACAUGCUCGCGGAGGCGUCGAGAUGCCUCGCGAACGACUACUCGGCGCAGACGCAGCGGUCCAUACAAAACGUUGACCAGACCGUGAUCAACUACGACGCCAUCGAGCAGCUCAUCGCGCACAUCAUCCGCGUGGAGCGAGCGGAGGGACCCUCCGCUUUCGUGCCCCCGCCCGUGGCGGGAAAGGCGCCCAAGGACCUCGGCCUCGGCGCGGUGCUGGUCUUCAUGCCGGGGCAGUUUGAAAUCACCAAGCUGAUUCGGAAGCUGGAGCAGUCCAGGCUCCUCGACCCCGCGGACGUGGGCGAGCUGCGCGUGCUGCCCCUCUACGGCUCCCUCUCCAGCAAGGACCAGCGCAAGAUCUUCGAGCGACCGCCUAAGGGCGUUCGCAAGAUCGUCGUCGCCACCAACAUCGCCGAAACGUCCGUGACAAUUGACGACGUCAGGUACGUCGUGGACACUGGGCGCGCGAAGGAGAUGUGCUGGGAUUCGCACCGCGGUCUGUCCGUGCUCGCCGACACGUGGGUCUCGCAGGCUGCGGCGAAGCAGAGGCGGGGGCGCUCGGGUCGAACGGCGCCCGGCGCUCGGUUCGCCAUGUUCUCCCGCGCGCAGUUCGCCAACAUGUCGCCUCAGCAACCGCCGGAGAUGCUUCGAACGCCGCUGCAGAAACUCUGCCUGUCCAUCAAGGCGAUGGCGCCCGAUGAGCCCGUCGCGAGGACCCUAGCCGCGGCGCUGACCCCUCCCGACGUCGCAUCGGUGGACUCUGCCCUCGCCGAACUCAAAGAUCUGCGCGCAUUCGACGUCGACGAGCGUCUUACCCCGCUGGGGCGGCAUCUGGCGCAGAUGCCGGUGGACGCACGCAUCGGCAAGAUGCUCCUCUUUGGCGCUAUGCUCGGGUGCCUCGACCCCAUACUCACGAUUGCGGGCGCCAUGAGCGGACGCCCGUUGUUCUACUCCCCGAAAGACAACAGGGACGCCGCGGACAAGGCAAAGCGCGCUCUGAAUUCCAACAAGAGCGACCACCUCACCAUGGUCGCCGCUUACAACGGCUGGGUCAAGGCGAGGUCCUCCGGUAAAGCCGCAGAGCGCAGAUACUGCGACGAGUAUUUUCUGAGCCAACAGGCGCUCGAGGCUGUGCAGGCGGGCAGGCUGGAUUACGCCGCGAUCCUCGCCGACCUCGGCUUCGUUCGCAGGGAGUACAUCGCUAACAUGCGCCGCGGGUCUGGCGGGUCCAACGGGGGCACGGAGGCUGACUCAAACGCCGACGUGGUUCGCGUGGUCAAGGCGGCGCUCGUCGCGGGAUUUUACCCCCACGUCGUCAGGGUUCGGCACCCCGAGACAAAGUACACGCAGACCCAGGGCGGCGCGGUGGAGAAGCGUCACGACUCGAAGGACCUCAGAUACUUCUCGAAGGAUCUCGGUCGGGUGUUUUUGCACCCCACGUCGGUCAAUUUCCACUGCGGCAAGUACGAGUCGCGGUGGAUCGUGUACAGCGAACGGGUGGAGACGGCCAAGGUGUACAUCCGCGACAACACCAUGGUCGGAUCGUACGCGCUGCUCCUGUUUGGAGGGGACGUGCGCGUGCUGCACGACGAGGGAUUAGUCAAGGUCGACGACUGGGCCACGUUUCAGGCACCCGCGCGCAUAGGCGUGCUGGUAAAGGAACUGAGGCAGCGGGUGGACCAGCUCCUCCUCGAUCGCAUCAACCAUCCCAGCGCUCACCUCGCGUCGACACCCAUUGUGCGCGCGCUUCUGGAGCUGCUCGCGAGCGAGGGGCACUGA